AUGUCGAUUGUCGAACCCUCGGUCGAGAGCGCUUCCGACUCUAGCGUCGGCAAUGCAACACCGGGGCCGCGCGGCCGCAUCCCGCCCGGUCUGCAUUCGGUGGAGUGCAUCGAUCUGACACGAACCCCCCGUCUUCAAGCAAAGGCCGACGCACCCACGGACAGCAUUGACCUGACUGACGACUGGUGGGACGAUAGCCUCGUGCACGAAGCGUCGUGUGCGGCGGUUGAUUCUGCUGCAUCAGACGUAGCUGAGGACUAUGAAGAACCAGAGUUUCAGAUCGGGAUAAUCGAACCAGAGUAUCCUGAGGAUGACGAGAAUCAGGAGGAACCAGACGCAGAGGACUAUGAAGAACCAGAGUUUCAGUUCGAGAUAAUCGAACCUGGGGAUUCUGAGGAUGACGAGAAUCAGGAGGAACCAGACGCAGAGGAUGGGAUGAAGAGGGACGCAGAGCAGUGUCGGCAAGAAUUGGUUGACAUUCCCUCGGUAGAAAUCACGAUCAGUGACCCGGCGGAACUGGAAGCUGAGACCGGGAUGACCGGCGGUGCUGAACAGAAAGAAAAGGAAGAAGUAGCUACGAAAGAUACCGUUGGCGGUAUGAGCGCGGUGAACGACAGUACUGCGCGAGAGAAAGAGUCUGCGGACAACACUCCUCAACCGCCGGAACGGGUGCCAGACCGGGUCGCACAGCUCAUCAUCGCAGACUCCCAAAUGGUUCUAGCUGCCGACAAAUGGAACGCUUCUAAAGCCGCCGCCUGGAGUCUCGCGCAACCACCGCAACUCAGAGAAACUCUCGAGCAGCUCCCACAACUCGAAGAAACUUUCAAGGUGCUCCCGCAACUCGUCGAAAGUCUGAAGCAACUCCCGCAACUCGUCGAAGCUUUCACGCAUGCAGCUCAAUCACAGGCUAACAUGGCUCAACAUGCAGUCAAGUCCGCAGCCGGUCAGCCAGGAAAGCAGCUCGCAAACACAAACCAUCGACGAUCAUCCCGAGCCGCGUCCUUCAAAGGCACUGGACAAACGAAUGAAAGAUACCUCUGCGUCGCCGAUGCUUUCAUCCGACAUCCCCUCGCUCUUGAGCGUCCCGACGCACCACCCCUCCACAGCCGACAAGGAGUCUACUCCGAGCACCGCCGCACAUACCGACCAAGUCACAGACAACCCCCUCACCGACCACGUCGAGUACCACAUCCAUCGCCUCCACGCACAACAACACGACAUCCCAACAUCCUCCCCCAACCCCAACAGCCCCGCUACACACCCGAAGAAAAAAUCGUCCGCGUCCCGCGCCGCAACCACCGCCGCAUCGCAAAGCACACGGCGUUCCUGGUCUCGCUGCACUCUCAGAUUGACAAGCAGUCGAGGGUUAUCCGCAAGCAGGGGAGGGAGUUGCAGGUCUUGAAGGAGAGGUUGAGGGAGGCGGAGAGGAGGGUUCGAGGGAAGGGCACGGAGAGGGAGGAGGCGGAGAGUAAUGCUGGGGAUAUGGAGAUGGAGGUGUGAGCCAUGUGAAAGAUGUCGGGAAGUCGGCGUUUACGUAUGUGUGCAGUUGUAAAAUUGUUGAUAUCGAGUGAAAACAAAACAGAUUCGCAGAUAGGGCAUGGAAUGAGAAUUCGACGCCAUGCGUUCGUUUGUACUCGGUACUCUGAAAGAAAUGGAAUUUUGGCGCCAUUCUGCUCAGGUGUUUCCAUUGGUGCUAGUAUACAUGUCUCCCUGAGCCUAUAAAUAAGAAAGCCGAUGGGCGAACUCGCCAAGCUCUAGCUAAAGCAUUGUCCGGAAGCUCUGCAGCUGGUGACCCUUUCUAGCUUGAUCCGAUCCGUGACCAUUACCCUGGCGCAUCAAGCGAUGUUCUCACGCCUUUCCCUUUUUCUUUUUCGCAGGCCCAUUUGAGGUGUCGCCUUUCUUUUUCCUCUUAUCGUGCUUGUGCGGAGGGUGACCAGCAGCCUUGCGCAGCUUGCU